UCACAGCCGUUGAUGGUGGUGAGCACGACGUUCCUGGCGAUGGGCGGCUCAGUCUCCCUCCACAGCGUCUCCACUCCCCUCUUGACUGCCGCUGGGUGCUUCGCCCUAUGCGGUAGGAAGCAGAACAGCCUCUAGUUGCUCGAUCAUUGGUCGCCAAGGCCUCCGUCGCGAUCUCCCGUUCCACCGCCGGGGUGAAGCGGGACACGGAAGGGAGCAAGCAGAAAAAACUUGCCUUUCUCGAGAUCGAACGCAUUGCAGAUAUCAUCGAGGACUUCAAUAUGGUUCUGGUUAUUAGAAUUGGCUUGAAGAUGGGAAAAAGGAAGAUUGCUGCUGCUCAAUGCAGGUGGGAGAUGUGUGGACAAGUGAAGGUGGUAUUGAAAAUUGAGAGUGAUGAAGAUCGUUUUGUCCUGCAGCUAAGACUCUGAUAGUUGUCUCAUUGGACUUCAGUAUUACUCUGGCUGUGAGCAAGCAGUUUCAUUGAAGAUCAAAGGCCAAACUCUUUCCGGUCUACUUGUCACGGCACUGGAGAAGUACAAGCUGCGAGGUAAAAGCAAGGAGAGAUAUAUAACGAGAGAAGAGGAAGUGCGAUCAGUGCCGUACACGUGCAGUCACAGCGGUGCUUUGAAAGCCGCGCGUGCGUUUGACCGUGAUCAGUAAAAGAGACCCGUUCCCACACGUCCAGUUCUUCUUGCCUUCCUCUUCUUUUUCCCUCUUCGGAUAACGAUGGCGAUGGCUCUGAGAAACCUCGCCCUUUCUUCGCCGCUCGUCGCCUUCCUCUCCUUCUUCUUCUAAGGAUCAUCGAUCGAUUUCAAGGGCGGCGAGAAGGAGACAGAGAGCGAGAGGAUGGCGACAAACGGAGAGGACGCGGAGCCGGAGGCCCGGCCGCAGCCGUCUCAUCCUCGUCCGCUGCGGCGGACGGGCGAUUUCUUGGGGAAGCAUCGCUUGUCGGCUGCCAUCUCCCGGCUCAACCAAGAGAUCCAGUACCUCCAGGCUGAACUAGAUGAAAUUGAAACAAUGAAGCCGUCUUCUGAAGCAUGCAAGGCAGUUGUCUUGAGCACGGAAGGCAAAUCUGAUGCCCUCCUUCCAGUUACACCAGGUCCCGAAAAUCCAGCCUGGCACCGGUGGUUCCAACGUGUCCCAAGCUCUCAUAGUCGUAAAUGGUGGACACACAAAGGUUCUGAUGUUUCUUAAAAAUGGUUUCUGAUGACUUUUUGAUGAGCAAAAUAUACAGAUGCUACCAACUAAAAGGUGGUUUUGAAGUGUCAUCGGUCUUAUGUUGUUUGAUCAGUUCACCCUCUAAAAGCAGUAGCUACAAUUGCAUGGUUGGAAUAUUAUCUGCUUAUUGUGCAUGUUGUUGUGCACAUAGUGUUAUCGUUGAUGACAAAACAUAUUGGCAUGGCACUGAUAUCAAUUCGGAGACAUUUUGGUUUCUUA